AUGGUCAGCAAGAAGAUCCGUGGGGUAGCUGAAGUAGAGUUCAUCUGUUUCUCCCAGUCCGAGACAGAAGAAAAGAUGCAAGGGCCAGCACUAGGCCUAGUCUCAAGUGUUGCCGUGGUUCUGAGCACCAAGACAGCCCAGUUUAUUUUGCUGCUGUUUCUGGUGAUGACGUCAUGUCGUAUCACCGGCGGCACCCCACAAAACAUCGUAUUCAUCGUAGCAGACGACUUAGGUUGGAACGACAUCGGCUUCAACAACCCAAACAUCAUCAGCCCAAAUUUGGAUGCUCUAGCAAGGGAGGGAAUCAUAUUAAACCAGAGUUAUGUUCAGCCACUUUGUUCGCCGUCAAGGGCAGCUUUAAUGACUGGAUAUUAUCCAUUUCGUCUUGGGCUUCAGCACUUUGUGAUAGGCCAAGAUCAGGCCGUCUGUGUUCCCGCCAACAAGACAUUUCUACCCCAGGUCCUGAAGAGCCAGGGAUACGCCACACAUAUGGUCGGCAAGUGGCACCUGGGCUUCUGCGACUGGGCUUGUACGCCCACAUAUAGGGGCUUCGAUUCCUUUUUUGGUUACUACGGCGCAGCAGAGGACCACUACACCAAAACGAUUGGCACAGGUUAUGAUUUCCGCGAAAACCUGAACAUUCUAGAAUCUGCAAGGGGCGUCUACUCUUCGUUCUUGUACGCAGACAGAAUCCAACAAAUUAUCAGCACUCAUAAGACAGAGGUACCGUUGUACUUGUACCUGGCGUUUCAACAGGUGCACGAACCCUUACAGGUGCCAGACGAUUACUACAAUCUUUACCCGAAUGUCACCGACGAAAAUAGGCGAAGGUUUGUAGGUAUGGUGACGGCGCUGGAUGACGCUGUAGGUCAAGUGGUCAAGGCCCUAAAGGACAGAGGCCUCUACAACAAAACGCUCAUCGUUUUUACCGCUGAUAACGGCGGGUGGGUGCCGUCAGGGGGCAACAACUUGCCCUUAAGGGGAGGGAAGAUGACGGUGUUUGAAGGCGGCACCAGGGCAGUGUCGUUUGUCCAUGGACCCAUGUUCUACAAGACUGGCAUACGAUACGACGGUUUAAUGCAUUUGGUCGACUGGCUCCCAACGUUAGCUGAAGCGUCUGGCUCUAAUUAUAAAGACCCUGAUGCCGACGGUGUCAGCCAGUGGAACUCCCUGCUGUCCCUCAGUCUACCUUCUGCUAGACAGGAAGUUGUCUACAACUUAGACUUCAGCCUUGACCCACUCCAGGGUAGGGCCGCUAUACGAGUCGGGGACUAUAAACUUGUCGCUGGAUUCCCUGGGUUGUAUGACGACUGGUACACCCCCGGGGAAGUAGCCACGCCCAGUUUACAGAACUGGGGUGCCGUGGGGCACAACGACACCACCAACUGGCACCUGAUCAGUCAGCUGCUCAUCAAGGAAACUUCUGGAACCAGGUGUACACCCUACUAUCUUUUCAACCUAAAAGAUGACCCAGCCGAGCGCACCAAUAUUUACGAUGACCACCCAGACAUUGUCCUGCAACUAGAGGACAGACUCAGCUACCACAAACAACAUUACAUCCCACCCAACUUCCCCCCUGGUUCACCUGCAGCUAAUCCAGCUCAUUACGGAGGGGCCUGGACACCUGGAUGGUGUUAGGACACCUGGAUGGUGUUAGGACACCUGGAUGGUGUUAGGGAACACCUGGAUGGUGUUAGGACACCUGGGUGGUGUCAGGACACCUGGAUGGUGUUAGGACACCUGGAUGGUGUUAGGACACCUGGAUGGUGUUAGGACACCUGGGUGGUGUCAGGACACCUGGAUGGUGUUAGGACACCUGGAUGGC